UUUAACCAUGAGAUUAUAAUUUUAGCACUUAGAUUUACUUCUGAAAAAAUUGAACCUAAAAAUAUACAUAUCAUAAAACUCUAUAUAUAUUUUUUUAAUUUUAUAUAUACAUUCAUAUGAAAGAGCAUAAAAAUCACGAAUUUUUAUAUUAUUUUUUAUAAAAGUUGAAAUAUAAAUGAAAAUUUUUAGUCCGUAACACUUUAAAAUAUAUUUGGGGUUUUAUUUCAAGUGGGUCCUAUCAUCAAUUAUCUUCUUCCGCAUGCCAACCAUGCAUAAGUUGUCUCUCUCCUGGGUGAAUGAAGGUAGCACUUUCCGACUCCGUCCAUGCUCCCAAUCCACUAUAAGACUUUCCAAUACAAAAAAUUGGUUGGGUUGCAGCUCAUUUGGGGUGAAAACCUCAUAUGUGGGGAUUUUCACCCCUACCAUUGCGGACAACCUUAGAAAGAGUCAAGUCUCAUUGUGAUUUGAGUACUUAUUUAACACUAAUGAUUAAGUAUAACGUGUUAACUGUUUAUUUGGACAAUUUAAGGUAUGUUUGCAAAAAAUUAAAAAUAAGCGAUUUUGACCUUUUAGCUUUAAAAAAGCUGAAAGGGUGUUUUCAAGUGACAAUUUCUGCUAAAAUUAAAUACUUAAAACCUAACAGGGUAAUCGGUACGCAAGGGGAGAGAGGAGCGGCAAAGGAAAACCCUAGCCGCCGCCUCCUCUUCCUUCCUUCUUUUCUUCUCUUCUUUUGACUUCAAUCAUGGAAAAAGUUUCGUUUAAUCAGUAUUUUAAGUUCUACCUAUACGUUUAUUUCCUAGCGUUGUCUAGAGAUAUUAUUUUCGGUGGUGAAGUGUCGCUCGCCAGAUCUAUAUUCUCUGCCAUCACCGGUCGGGUGUUCUUGUGUGCUAGUAAGAGGUUUGUAUUGGCUUCUUUAUCAAUCAUGUACCAGGAUUUCUUCUGCAUCGAUAUAGAGGGCGAUCGCCCCCCUCCUGAACCACCGGCGAUCCAGGAAGAAGACAUUGGAUGGAUUGCUUUCUUUCCGGUGGCUGGUCAAACCGGAACAAUUUCUGCACUUGGCUCCUUACCGGUGGCUGGAAAAACCGGCAAGUUCAAUAAUUCCUUUUCGGUGGCUGGUCAAGCAGAACCCAUUUCGAGUACCACGAGCAGACACAUUGCGGUAUGAGUCUACAUUGUUGCAAGGAAGAGAGAAUGUUGGAUUUACUCAAGAUAUGAUGCAAAAAAUACCUCAAAUCAAGGAAAGAAAGAAACAUGGCUUAUGGUGAAACUAGUAUACUCACGCAUUAUUUCCUGAAACAUGCGAACAGAGGAACCUUCAUUCUUCCAUGCUUAUCAGUUGGAUGUGGAAGAACAAAUGACUAAUGUAUUUUGGGCUAAUGCGAGGAUGAUAAUUGAUUAUGCACUAUUCGGUGAGGUAGUGUCCCUUAGCUUGACACAACUUUCGGUACAAAUAGAAAGAACAAGCCACUUGCAGUCUUUUCUGGUUUAAAUCACCAUUGAGGAAUUGUGAUUUUAGGAGCAAGUUUGUUAUUUGAUGAAACCACGGAUUCAUUCAAGUGGUCAUUCCAAUCAUUUCUUCAAGCUAUCGGGUUCAAAAAACCAGUGACUGUCUUUACUGAUCAGGAUGCCGCAAUGGCACAUGUGUUAUCUGAAGUUAUGUCAUACACCAUUCAUGAACUCUGUACACGUCAUCUUAUGGAAAAUGCCACAAAGCACUUAGCUCAAUUGACUAAGGGAAAGUCCCACAUCUUGACAAAGAUAUCACGGUGUAUGUAUGGAAUAACUCAUGAGAAUGUGUUUGAGGAUACUUGGAUUAAAAUGGUCAUAGAUCAUGAUGUCAAAGAAAAUCAAUGGAUGAUUAACACAUACAUGUUGAAA